UUGCUUUUGCUUCUGCUUCCAUUCAUACCCUCGACACUCCCACAAAAAUUUCUGAGAAGAAGAAGAAGCAGGAGAAGAAGAGUUUCUCUCUUCCGAACUCUGAAUUUCUGAGAGUUCCUAACAGAGAGAAACCCGAACAAGAAAAUUACACACACUACACACACUAAUUAUACUUCGAGACCCCUUUACGUUUUCCUUCUAUUCAAGAAUCAUGGAUUUAGCUUCAAAACUCCAACUUAUCGACCUAAGGUCCACUUUCCUCAGCGGAACCUCCCGGAGAGGCUUCGCUCUCCGCCCUCCCCACCUCCCUAUGCUCCCUACAACAACUGCCACGACCCUGAAAACCACAACUUUUCCUAAAAAGCAGCCUAAAAUUUCAGCCAAAUUACAGGCUGUGGCGGUGGAAACUGCUGAAACUGAGGUGAAAGAUGAAAUAGAGUCGCUUUUUACGGAGGAUUCGGACACCCAAUUGAAUUCUAAGCGUGUAAAUAAGCAGUCAAGUAGUGGGGCGUCUAGUGUUUCAUCUGGGAUUAGGCUGGAAAAUGUUAGUAAGAGUUAUAAGGGUGUGACUGUGUUGAAAGAUGUGAAUUGGGAGGUGAAAAAAGGCGAAAAGGUCGGAUUGGUAGGCGUAAAUGGAGCAGGGAAAACGACCCAAUUGAGGAUUAUAUCUGGUUUAGAGGAGCCUGACUCAGGGGAUGUGAUUAAGGCCAAGGCUAAUAUGAGAAUUUCGUUUUUGAGUCAAGAAUUCGAGGUAUUGGGGACUCGAACAGUGAAGGAAGAGUUUAUGAGCGCAUUCAAGGAGGAAAUGCAGGUUGCUGAGAGGUUGGAGAAGGUUCAGAAGGCUAUAGAGAAGAGUGUGGAUGAUUUGGAGUUGAUGGGAAGGCUGUUGGAUGAGUUUGACUUGUUGCAGAGAAGAGCUCAGGCUGUAGACUUGGAUGUGGUUGAGGUAAAGAUUAAUAAGUUGAUUCCUGAACUUGGAUUUGUUCCUGAGGAUUCUGAUAGGCUCGUGGCUUCAUUUAGUAGUGGCUGGCAGAUGAGGAUGUCCCUUGGGAAGAUUCUUUUGCAGGACCCAGAUUUGCUACUUUUGGAUGAACCUACAAAUCACCUUGAUCUUGAUACAAUUGAGUGGCUUGAAGGUUAUCUCCAGAAGCAAGAUGUGCCAAUGGUCAUCAUAUCUCAUGAUAGGGCUUUCCUAGACCAGCUGUGUACCAAAAUUGUCGAAACAGAUAUGGGUGUAUCAAGGACGUAUGAUGGGAAUUACUCUGAUUAUACUAUUGCAAGGGCAGUUUGGAUUGAAGCUCAGUUUGCAGCAUGGGAGAAGCAACAGAAGGAAAUUCAGCAGACAAAAGAGCUAAUGAACAGGCUAAGUGCAGGAGCAAAUGCAGGCCGUGCAUCUACUGCUGAAAAGAAGCUGGAGAAACUUCAGGACGAGGAACAAGUUGAUAAACCUUUUAUUCGGAAGCAAAUGAAGAUCAGGUUCCCUGAGCGUGGGAGAAGUGGGCGCUCUGUAGUGACGAUAAAGAAUCUGGAGUUUGCAUUUGGAGAUAAGACACUAUUUAAGAAUGCCAAUUUAACAAUCGAAAGGGGAGAGAAAAUUGCCAUCAUUGGCCCAAAUGGAUGUGGUAAAAGUACUUUGCUCAAAUUAAUUAUGGGCCUACAGAAGCCAGAUAGAGGUGAAGUGUUGCUUGGGGAGCACAAUGUAUUGCCAAACUACUUUGAGCAGAAUCAGGCUGAGGCUCUUGAUUUAGAUAAAACAGUGCUUGAAACAGUAGCAGAAGUUGCAGAGGACUGGAGGCUUGAUGAUAUAAAGGGACUUCUUGGGCGUUGUAAUUUCAAAGCUGAUAUGCUUGAUAGGAAAGUUUCCUUCUUGAGUGGUGGUGAGAAGGCUCGACUAGCAUUUUGCAAGUUUAUGGUGAAACCUUCAACCUUGCUUGUCCUGGAUGAACCAACAAAUCAUUUGGAUAUACCUUCAAAAGAGAUGCUUGAGGAGGCCAUCAAUGAGUACAAGGGAACUGUUAUUACUGUAUCUCAUGAUCGGUACUUCAUAAAGCAAAUUGUUAACAGAGUGUUGGAAGUGAAGGAUGGUCAUGUGCAAGACUAUGUUGGAGAUUACAACUAUUAUUUAGAGAAGAACCUUGAAGCAAGGAAGAGAGAGCUUGAGCGCGAGGCAGAGCUCGAGGAGAAGUCCCCAAAGGCAAAGGCCAAAUCAAAGAUGUCAAAGGCAGAAAAGGAAGCUAGGAAGAAGCAGAAAAUGCAGUCAUUUCAAGCUGCUAGACAAAAGUCUAAAGGGUUGAAGAAUGCUAAAAGAUGGAACUGAGUAGUUUUAGUUACUUACCACAGUGCUGAUCCAAAACCUAUACUUUGUACAAAGCCUGGUAGAGGAUGCAUAGCUUCCUGUCCAUCUGUGUAUACAAAUUAAAUAGAAAUAGGUCAUGUGAUUUGCUAUGAUCUGGCAGGCUAUAGCUUCUUAUUGGAGGCCAUGAAAAGAAAAUACAAGGUUCUUUGAUCAAAUUAUCAUUCUAUUAGCUGCAGA